GAGAGGGAGGGAGGGAGAGAGUGCGCUAGCGCGAGAGAGCGAGUGAGCAAGCGAGCAGAAAAGAGGUGGAGGGGGGGGAUAAGAAAGAGAGGAGGAAAGGAGAGAAGGCAGGAAGAAGGCAAGGGACGUUACAACCAUGCUGUGCUGUAUGAGAAGAACCAAACAGGUUGAAAAAAAUGAUGAGGACCAAAAGAUUGAACAAGAUGGCAUUAAACCGGAAGAUAAAGCUCAUAAGGCUGCGACCAAAAUUCAGGCUAGCUUCCGUGGACACAUAACAAGGAAAAAGCUCAAAGGUGAGAAGAAAGAUGAUGCCCCAGCUGCUGAGGCUGAAGCGAAUGAGAAGAAGGAUGAAGCUCCUGUCGCUGAUGGUGUGGAGAAGAAGGAGGGAGAAGGUCCUGCCACUACUGAUGCAGCCCCAGCCACUGGCCCCAAGCCUGAACAGAAUGGCAAAGCAGGUGACACUCCAUCUGAGGAGAAGAAGGGGGAGGGUGCCGCUGAUGCUGGCAUAGAAACCCCCCAGGCUCCUGCCCCCUCGGAGGAGAAGGCUGGCUCUGCUGAGACAGACAGUGCCACCAAAGCUUCCACUGACAACUCGCCAUCCUCCAAGGCUGAAGAUGCCCCAGAGGAGCCCAAACAAGCCGAUGUGCCUGCUGCUGUCACUGCUGAUGCUGCUGCCACCACCCCUGCUGCAGAGGAUGCUGCUGCCAAGGCAACAGCCCAGCUUCCGUCCGAGACUGCAGAGAGCAGCCAAGCUGAGGAGAAGAUAGAAGCUGUAGAUGAAACCAAACCCAAGGAAAGUGCCCGACAGGAUGAGGGUACAGGAGAAGAAUGUGAGGCGGACCAAGAACAUGCCUGAACUUUAAGAAAUGGCUUUCCAACAUCCCCAACCCCCUUUCUCCUGAACCCUGCCUCUCCAACCCUCUUCUCAGCUCCACUCUGAAGUUUCCCUUCCUGUCCUGCUCACAUCUGUGAGUCUGUCCUCUCCCACCCAGUGGCCCUCUUUCUCUCUGUGUGGCAAAUAUUAAAAAAAAAAAAAAAAAAAAAAAAAAAAAAAGCAGGAAAGAUCCCAAGUCAAACAGUGUGGCUUAAACAUUUUUGUUUCUUGGUGUUGUUAUGGCGAGUUUUUGGUAAUGAUGAUCCAAUCAUUUUGGGAAAUUCUUGCACUGUAUCCAAGUUUUUUGAUCUGGUGAGUGUGGCCCUGUGGGAGUCCACUUUCCUCUAUCUCUCUCUGUUCCAAGUGUGUGUGCAAUGUUCCGUUUAUCUGAGGAGUCCAAAAUAUUGAGUGAAUUCAAAAUCAUUUUCUUUUCCUCCUUUUCAAUGUGAUGGAAUGAAUAAAAAAAAAUUUAAAAAAUCCAGUCUGUUUUGAAAAUAAAUAAAACAAAUGUGCCAAUUAGCGUAACUUGCGGCUCUGAGGCUCCUUUUUCAAUCUUAAUGUUAAUAAAUCAUGAGAGUAAUCAAA